AAUCGAGCCACACCGGCCAGGGCUAUAAAAUUCAUUUUUAAACAUCAGUUAUCCAGAGUAGACUAAGGUUUUAGUGAAAUGCUGUGUUUGCUGAUCACCUGUGUUUUAUUUUACAUACAUGCCAUCAUUACAACGUGACCAGUCUUCAGAAGGGAGUAAUUUAAGUGGACAUCAGAGAAGCCUGGCCUUUGUAUAAAAACAUUUUCAAAGAGGCAAAUUUGACUUCAAUAAUUCAUUAAGAUUACUUAAUAAACUAAAUUAAUUAGCAGAUUUAAUCUUGCUUGUUCAUUUGCAUCUUAAAUUUUGGUGUUUGCCUUUUUACAUUGUUUUCAUAUGCUGAACAAAUAUAAACUAUGUCCCUAAACUGAAGUUUCCUACAGGCCCCAAAGUCAUAUUAAAGGGUAGACUUUAAUAUAGGGCUUGGUAGUUUGUAGGAGUUUUCAGGUAUUUGUGUUCUGGCCACCAACUUCUAAUUGUGCAUAAUUUGUGAUAAUUCUGCUCAGCCACUUUUGAAUAUAGAAAAGGCAGAAAUUUUUGUUUUUAAAGAAAUGCUUUAACUAUUUUAGGGAAUAUGCCAUUUUUUGUUUACCAUUGGUGGCUUUUUUUUAAUAGCACCCAUUUCUAUGACUAAUAUAAUUACCUUUUUUUUAAUUUUACCCAGAGAUAUUUUCUCCUGAAUGUUUCUAAAAAAUCCUAGUGUAAAUUACCACCUAUAUAAAAAAGUAAUAAUUCUAAUAAGAAUGCACAUUUCUGAAAUUCACAUGGCCUUCUACUAAUUGCUGACAUAAUUUAGAAUAUAGAAAGAGAACCAAACAUUCUCACGCAGUGGGUUUGGAAAGUGGGACUUGGAGAAUGAGCUUAUCAUUAAGUGACUGAAAGUGAAUUUGUCCUCUAGAAGUUACUGUUCCCAUCAGUUUACUCUGAUCUUUGGAAAAGAACAUUUGUCACCAGUAUUUUGGUGUUGUCCUCUUGUCUAGCUCAUAACUGUGUUUUAUUCUUAAUAUUACAAGAAUAAAGUUAAUACGAAGCGAACUGAGUAGAAGGUAAGAUCAGUUUGCCAUGACUGCGCUUGGCCCAUAAGUGAAGAUACUGCUAGAUAUUAUGAGAUGCGUCAUAUGUAUCUUGGACUUAGCAUGGGUUUUAGAACAUACCAUUACUUUCUUAAUUUAUUGUGGGAGGAAUAACACACUUGCUCCUGGUAGUCCCGGCCUAGUCCAGUCUUAUAUCUUUGUUCCUAGUUUCUCUUGGACAGAUGCACACCAGUGUUCCUCUUUAAGGCCCAAAGUUGACCUGCUAACUAAUUAAUUAUAUAGGAAAGAAGGAUUUUAACAGGGACAAGUUAUAGAUUAUAGUCCAUAGAUUUUCUUUUUUCAACAUACUUAUAUUGACUUAUGAUAAUGAUUGUAGUAUUAGUGUGACAUAUAAUUUUUAUAUUUAAAUGUGUAUAUGUAUUUCUUGUCAAAGGAGUAAGUCCCCCUGCCAGUGGAGGAUGGGAUACUUCACCCUGGGGGAUGAAAUCAAACGCUGAACCUCAGAGCCGGCCAGUGGCUUCUCCUAAAGCAAUUACAAAGCCAGUUCGGAGAACAGUGGUAGAUGAAGCUGAAAAUUUCUUCAGUGCCUUUCUCUCUCCAGCGGAUGUCCAGACCAUUCAGAAGAGUCCAGUGGUAUCAAAACCGCCAGUUAAAUCACAGAGACCAGAAGAAGAAGUGAAAAGCACCUUUCAGGAAGCUGUGCACACUGGACAGUCACGAACACCUGAAACAGCUGAGUCAAAAGUAAAAGACCCUUCUCCCUGCGUAUCCUCAGGGGAAACAAUGGCAGUAGAUACUCUGUCACCUACAACUGAAGACGAGCAUGGAGGAAUUGUUAAUAAGGAAUCUGAGACGAAGGUGUCAACCACAGGUUUGAAAGUAUCUGAGAGUGUAAUUAAUGUGAAAACAACUAGGGAACGCGUGUCUAAUAUGUCUGCGCCGUCUCUUACAGCAGAAACGAAGGACAUGGCUUCGGAAGCAAAGGAACAAAAGCACGAAGACAGGCAGAGCGACACGCCUUCUCCUCCUGUCAGUACCUUCUCAUCAGGUACCUCUACCACCAGUGAUAUUGAAGUUCUAGAUCAUGAAAGUGUAAUAAGUGAGAGCUCAGCAAGUUCAAGACAAGAGACUACAGAUUCAAAAUCAAGUCUUCACUUGAUGCAGACAUCUUUUCAGCUUCUCUCAGCAUCUGCUUGUCCUGAAUAUAGCCGUCUAGAUGAUUUCCCAAAACUCACUGAGAGUUGCUGCUCAUCUGAUGCUUUUGAAAGAAUAGAUUCGUUUAGUGUGCAGUCGUUAGAUAGUCGAAGUGUAAGUGAAAUCAAUUCAGACGAUGAGUUGUCAGGCAAGGGCUAUGCUUUAGCCCCUGUUCUAGUUAGUUCUUCAACCCCAAAGGCCGAGGCAGCUGAGCCUGUUGAAGGAAAGUCUGAGGAGGGAGUAAAUGAAACAUUAAUUGCACCCACUGAGGAAACGGAAAUGGAAGAAAGUGGACGGAGUGCAACGCCUGUGAGCUGUGAGCAGCCCGACACCUUGGUUUCUUCUACACCCAUAAAUGACGGUCACAGUGUCUCAGACAAGGUGACUGAGCAGUGCGAGGCUGCAGAGCGCCAGCCUGAAGCGCUUUCUGAGAAGGAAGAUAUCUGCAAGAGAGUUGAACUUCUGAAUGAGAAACUGGACAAAAGGGAGGCUCAGUUAUUAUCGCUCAGUAAAGAAAAAGCACUUCUAGAAGAAGCUUAUGACAAUCUAAAAGAUGAAAUGUUCAGAGUGAAAGAAGAAAGCAGCAGCAUUUCUUCCUUGAAAGAUGAGUUUACUCAAAGGAUUGCAGAAGCAGAAAAGAAAGUCCAGCUAGCCUGCAAAGAGAGAGAUGCUGCUAAAAAGGAAAUCAAAAGUAUAAAAGAAGAACUUGCAACUAGAUUAAACAGUAGUGAAACUUCAGACCUCUUGAAAGACAAAGAUGAGCAGAUACGAGGGUUAAUGGAAGAAGGAGAAAAACUUUCAAAACAGCAGCUGCAAAGUUCUAACAUCAUUAAGAAAUUAAGAGCUAAAGACAAAGAAAAUGAAAAUAUUAUUGUAAAGCUAAAGAAAAAAGUUAAAGAGCUAGAAGAAGAUUUGCAACAUUUGAAACAGGUCCUUGAUGGCAAGGAGGAAGUUGAGAAACAACACAGAGAAAAUAUUAAAAAACUAAAUUCUGUGGUCGAACGUCAAGAAAAGGAUCUUGGCCGACUUCAAGUGGACAUGGAUGAACUUGAAGAAAAGAACCGAAGUAUUCAGGCUGCUCUUGACAGUGCAUACAAAGAACUGACUGAUCUCCACAAAGCCAAUGCUGCGAAGGAUAGUGAGGCACAGGAAGCUGCUCUGAGUCAUGAAAUGAAAGCUAAAGAAGAACUUUCUGUAGCAUUAGAGAAGGUCCAAGAAGAAGCCCGUCAGCAGCAAGAAGCAUUAGCCAUUCAGGUUGGAGACCUGAGGCUGGCCCUGCAACGUGCAGAACAAGCAGCUGCCAGAAAAGAGGAUUAUUUACGCCAUGAGAUCAGUGAACUCCAGCAGAGACUCCAGGAAGCAGAGAAUCGAAACCAGGAACUGAGUCAAAGUGUUUCAUCAACGACAAGACCAUUGCUUCGACAGAUAGAAAAUUUGCAGGCAACCCUAGGGUCCCAGACCUCGUCGUGGGAGAAGUUAGAGAAGACUCUCUCUGAUAGGCUGGGUGAAUCUCAGACCUUGUUGGCAGCAGCGGUUGAAAGAGAACGUGCAGCUACGGAAGAACUGCUUGCCAACAAGAUUCAGCUGUCUUCCAUGGAGUCGCAGAAUUCUCUCUUAAGACAGGACAACAGUAGACUUCAGGCCCAGCUGGAAUCAGAGAAAAAGAGGCUAAGAAAACUGGAAGAUGAACAAAAUAGGUACCAGGUUGAAUUAGAAAACCUAAAAGAUGACUAUGUAAGAACACUUGAAGAGACAAGGAGAGAAAAGACACUGUUGAAUAGUCAGUUAGAAAUGGAGAAAAUGAAAGUUGAACAAGAAAGGAAGAAAGCAAUUUUUACUCAAGAAGCAAUAAAAGAAAAGGAACGGAAAACAUUUUCUGUUUCUAGCACUCCCACAAUAUCACGAUCAAGCUCAAUAAGUGGAGUUGAGAUGGCAGGGUUGCAGACGUCUUUCCUGUCUCAGGAUGAGCCUCAUGAUCACUCACUUGGACCAAUGUCUGUAUCAGCAAGUGGAAGCAAUCUUUAUGAUGCUGUAAGGAUGGGGGCAGGAUCCAGCAUUAUCGAAAAUCUACAGUCUCAACUAAAGCUAAAGGAAGGAGAAAUUACCCAUUUACAGCUAGAAAUUGGCAAUCUAGAAAAAACACGCUCCAUAAUGGCUGAAGAGCUAGUUAAAUUAACAAAUCAGAAUGAUGAACUUGAAGAGAAGGUGAGGGAGACACCCAGACUCCGAGCACAGCUGAGAGAUUUGGAUCAGAGAUACAACACUAUCCUGCAGAUGUAUGGAGAAAAAGCAGAAGAGGCAGAAGAACUCCGGUUAGAUCUCGAAGAUGUAAAGAAUAUGUAUAAGACUCAAAUAGAUGAACUUUUAAGACAGAGGCUCAGUUAACUUCUGAAAAUUACAUUCCCAUCGAACUGAAUGUAAACAUUCAAUAGCUAAAUGCAGACUUUCAAUAAAUUCUCUUAUAGAAUUAGAAAGUGGAAUUUAUUAUAGAAUUAAAAAAUUUUUUUAAAUGUUUUAUAGUAUAUAGUAAUAUUUGCAGUUAAAUUAUUUUGUGCAAUAUUUGAACUUUAUUUUUGAAACUAUCUUUAAAGAUUUAUUUUUUAAAGCAUCUUUCUUUUUUUUCCUGACUAGCACAGAGAUUUGUUACUUUAUCCCCGGUCAGUGUGGUUAGGGAAUGAGGAUGAUGUUCACAGUUGUAUUAUAAACAAAUAACUGAUUGUAUCUAUAGUUUAUAUUGUUCGUAUCUAUUAAGAACAUUUAAUGAGUGGUAUUAACAUAUUGAAACUUUGAAAUCUUUCACACUUAAAUCUUCAACAUUUCUAGUUACUGCUCAUGAAAAUGGACAUUUAGUGUCCAAGUAAAAAAAAUCAUUAAAUUUCCUGUUAUUAAAUUUUGAACUAAUUUUUUUCUUUUAAAGUAGAAGUCACACUGAUACAGAAGUUUAAAGGGUAAAUAAUUUAAAUUAAAAACAUUUUUGUGGUCUGAACAUUUAUUUUACCCAAAUUCCACAAUUAAGUCUAUACAAAUUUUGUUACCUAUCUGGAGAAAGCUAUAGCUAUUCAGUUAUCUAAGCAUGGUUGGAUAAUGGGAAAAAUGUGCUUAUUUGUGAUGGUAUCAGUAACAUUGAAAUGUUUUUGAACAGGUUUUGUUUUUACUACCUAUGAAAUGAAUCAGAAUAAUAAAAUUAUUAACAUAA